ACAGGCUACAUUAAAUAGCUAUUUUCGUUGUUAAACCAUAUAAUUUCGGUGCAUCCAAUUCCUUUCAGGACGAAACUUGUUACUAAUGUUACCCAUGCUUUCUUUUUCACCAACGUUGCCAUGAUAACCACAGUGCUAAAGCGAUCGAAACCUCUUUUAGAAUGAUUUCUUUCGUUCGAGUUUUUUAACGCAUUUCUGUUUAACCAAAUAAUAACAUCCCGAAUCAUCUAGACUUAAAAAGGUUUCUCACGGUUCUUCGCAUGACACAUGGCUUAGCGUGGUUGGAAAUUUUCCGGUCUUAUUGUUGCAAGGAAAAAAGAAAAACAAAGAAAAGUAAAUACCUAAGUUUACAUGAAAAAAAUAUUGAAUAUUUUUCUUUGGAAAAAUUUGAUUUUUUUCCGGAAUACAAUUGGGUAAAGUACACGGCUGUACUCUCUUUGGACGCUUAUCGAAAACAGGAUGUUUGAAAAGAAAAGUCAAUUUACUGCGUGAAUGACAAAGUAGCACUAUCGUACGCUUCAUUUGAAUCCAAUUUCGAUUGAGUCGUUUAGAAUAGAUGUCUGAAGCUGUGGCCUUUGACAUGCCCAUUGAAUAAUUUAUAUGUUCUUAUUGAUAUUGUUGAUAUUUUGCGUCGCGAUCCUCAUGCAGAACAGUGCGCAUUUGACUCAAAGUCGCUACGAUGACGGUGAUAUUUCCGUUCGCACAAGCUGUGACGUUGGUUCUUUUGGGUCUUUCUCGGUGUGUUUUAGCCCUCCAGCUCGAACAAUGCUCUAACAUAAGCCCAGUCGGCGUUGCCAAUAGCAGCAUCAUUCCUGACGUUGCCAUGACGGCGACGACAGCAUUCCGCGCCUCGGUCGAUUACCUCACGGCCAGACAUGGCCGUCUCCACAACAAAAGGGCCUGGUGUCCAAACACAAAGGAUAGCGAGGAUUGGUUGCAAGUAGACUUAGGUACCGCCUACUUUGUAUGUGGCGUGGUUACGCAGGGAAAAGAGAUGCGAGUCAACGAAUGGGUGUACAACUACACAAUCACGUGGUCAGUUGAUGGGGUCACGUGGCGUAAUGCCUCUAGCUCGUAUGGCCUGCUUCCACAGGUAUUUCAAGGUAACAAAGAUGGAUCCUCGGAUGUCCAGAAUAAGUUCUAUGGCAAGUUGUGGUCGCGGUAUUUGCGUUUUCACCCUCUUUCCUACGAGGAGUGGCCGUGCCUCCGUGUCGAGAUACUUGUAGACCUCAUCGCCCCGGUGAUACAAACCAAAUCUCUACCGCGAACUCUGGUAUUUGGACAAACUUUACUUUUGGAUUGCGAAGCCAAGGGCUCCCCACAACCGGAAGUUAAAUGGAUGCUGAACGGAAAUGACAUCAUAUUUGGCAAAGUGCUUGCCAAUGGAAGCUUGAAGGUUGAAAAGGUUGAGAAUGAUGAUAAUUUCGAGGGCACGUACACGUGUAGAGCGUCGAACCGCGUAUCCACGGCCAGGAGUUCCACCCAAGUCACGAUUCAUGAGGGUCCUCAGAUUCUGACGCCACUUACGAGAAGCACCGCAGUUCUGCGAGGGAAAAGCGCAGUGCUCACUUGCUAUGCAACUGGCGAUCCCAUGCCUCGUAUCGCGUGGUCCAAAAAAGACGGAACCAUCCCGCCUGAGCGUAUCCGUAGCAACAAUCACGUGCUGCUGAUUCCUCAUGCGACGUCCCGUGACGCUGGUACUUACAGUUGCAUAGCAACCAACUAUAUAAAGGAGGUGACGUCGGAGACUAAUUUGACAAUUAUUGAUGUCCCCAAUAUCAACACGGACCUAACGCGUCAAUCGAUAACCGCCGAGAGGGGACAAACUGUCAAUAUAGGUUGCUAUGGCGACAGUUUACUCCCUUUGAACUACUCAUGGACAAAAGACGGUCAGCCAAUCACAGGGAGGGAAAAAGGAGAGCGUGUGUAUGGUAACAUACUGGUGAUAACACCGCGGCGCGACAAGGACUAUGGAACAUACGUUUGUCACGUGACUAAUGACGUUGACACCGCGUCAUUCAGCAUCGAAUUGUCGCCAUUCAACUGCGACUGCGCAGUAAGCUCCGCCCUUAAAAGCAGCCCUUGUGCCUCGGGGCAGCUCGAGAUCAUCCUCCCUUUGCUUUUCCUGAUUUUCCUCUCUAUGGCUGUGAAUUUCUACCUGAUUUACAGACUUUGCCGUGCUCGCCAGAGCUGCAGUGUUCCAGUGCGUAUGAGUUCAUUGCCAGAACACGGUGAGCUCGAGCCUGGCUCCCACACGGCUAAGGACACGGACAUCGCUUGGGAUAACCUCGUCUCCGGGGAACUUUACAGAGAAGGGAACCGCGACCUCAGGGAUGUGAACCUGGACGACGAGGAGAUUGAUAGGUUCCACGAGGACGACCAAGUACACUUAGUCGGCCCUAGAUCCCCGAGACCUGGAUCCUAGAAAAAGCGCAAUACGUAGUCGGCCCUAGAUCCCCGAUACUUGGAUCAUAGUAAGCACUACAUCCCCGAGACCCGGAUCCUAGUCAGCCCUAGAUCCCCGAGACCCGAAUCCUAGUAAGCCCUAGAUCCCCGAGACCCGAAUCCUAGUAAGCCCUAGAUCCCCGAGACCCGAAUCCUAGUAAGCCCUAGAUCCCCGAUACUUGGAUCCUAGUAAGCACUAGCCUUAGAUCCUAGUAAGCACUAGCCUUAGAUCCCCGAUCUUUUAUUUAUAAAUAAAUAAAAGAUCCCCGAGACCCGAAUCCUAGUCAGCCCUAGAUCCCCGAGACCCGAAUCCUAGUCAGCCCUAGAUCCCCGAGACCCGAAUCCUAGUCAGCCUUAGAUCCCCGAGACCCGAAUCCUAGUCAGCCCUAGAUCCCCGAGACCCGAAUCCUAGUCAGCCUUAGAUCCCCGAGACCCGAAUCCUAGUCAGCACUAGAUCCCCGAGACCCGAAUCCUAGUCAGCCCUAGAUCCCCGAGACCCGAAUCUUAGUCAGCCCUAGAUCCCCGAGACCCGAAUCCUAUUCAGCCUUAGAUCCCCGAGACCCGAAUCCUAGUCAGCCUUAGAUCCCCGAGACCCGAAUCCUAGUAAGCCCUAGAUCCCCGAGACCCGAAUCCUAGUCAGCCUUAGAUCCCCGAGACCCGAAUCCUAGUCAGCCCUAGAUCCCCGAGACCCGAAUCCUAUUCAGCCUUAGAUCCCCGAGACCUGGAUCCUAGUAAGCCCUAGAUCCCCGAGACCCGAAUCCUAGUCAGCCUUAGAUCCCCGAGACCCGAAUCUUAGUCAGCCCUAGAUCCCCGAGACCCGAAUCCUAUUCAGCCUUAGAUCCCCGAGACCUGGAUCCUAGUAAGCCCUAGAUCCCCGAGACCCGAAUCCUAGUAAGCCCUAGAUCCCCAAGACCCGAAUCCUAGUGGGCCUUAGAUCCCCAAAACCUGGAUCCUAGUAAGCCCUAGAUCCCCGAGACCCGAAUCCUAGUAAGCCCUAGAUCCCCGAGACCCGAAUCCUAGUCAGCCCUAGAUCCCCGAGACCUGGAUCCUAGUCAGCCCUAGAUCCCCGAGACCUGGAUCCUAGUAAGCCCUAGAUCCCCGAGACCCGAAUCCUAGUAAGCCCUAGAUCCCCGAGACCCGAAUCCUAGUCAGCCCUAGAUCCCCGAGACCUGGAUCCUAGUCAGCCUUAGAUCCCCGAGACCUGGAUCCUAGUAAGCCCUAGAUCCCCGAGAUCUGGAUCCUAGUCAGCCCUAGAUCCCCGAGACCCGAAUCCUAGUCAGCCCUAGAUCCCCGAGACCAGAAUCCUAGUCAGCCUUAGAUCCCCGAGACCUGGAUCCUAGUAAGCCCUAGAUCCCCGAGACCCGAAUCCUAGUCAGCCUUAGAUCCCCGAGACCUGGAUCCUAGUAAGCCCUAGAUCCCCGAGACCUGGAUCCUAGUCAGCCUUAGAUCCCCGAGACCCGAAUCCUAGUAAGCCCUAGAUCCCAGAGACCCGAAUCCUAGUCAGCCUUAGAUCCCCGAGACCUGGAUCCUAGUCAGCCCUAGAUCCCCGAGACCCGAAUCCUAGUCAGCCCUAGAUCCCCGAGACCCGAAUCCUAGUCAGCCUUAGAUCCCCGAGACCUGGAUCCUAGUAAGCCCUAGAUCCCCGAGACCCGAAUCCUAGUCAGCCUUAGAUCCCCGAGACCCGAAUCCUAGUAAGCCCCAGAUCCCCAAGACCUGGAUCCUAGUCAGCCUUAGAUCCCCGAGACCCGAAUCCUAGUAAGCCCUAGAUCCCCGAGGCCCGAAUCCUAGUCAGCCUUAGAUCCCCGAGACCUGGAUCCUAGUAAGCCCUAGAUCCCCGAGAUCUGGAUCCUAGUCAGCCUUAGAUCCCCGAGACCCGAAUCCUAGUAAGCCCUAGAUCCCCGAGACCCGAAUCCUAGUGGGCCUUAGAUCCCCGAGACCUGGAUCCUAGUAAGCCCGUGAUCUAAGAAAGAAAAGGGUUUUCUUGUUGUCAGCUUUUAAGCAUAAAUUCGAAGAGGCUUGACCUUUCGUCGUGUGAACUGACUCGUAGAACUAGAAAUAGGACCUAAAUGGUUUGAACUUGGUUUUUCAACAGAGAUUUGUUUCCUUGUGUAUACGCGCAAACGCACAAUGGAACAUGGUGUCAAUCAGGGUUUCGAUGGUUUCUUGAGGCAACCAAUUAAUAGGCAUAUGACAUCGACAACGGCAUUGUUAACUCGGUAGUCUUUCUUGACCUGUCGAUCAAUUUUAAUUAAAAUUCUUCUCUGUAA